AUGGCCAUGGCUGAGCAGCCACGGCCUGGGUGGACCUCAUAUCACAAUCCCCACACCAAUAACUGCCAGGACCUGGGUAACUCCAUCCUGUUGCUGUUGGGCCUCAUCAUCUGUAUUAACAUUGGCAUCAAUAUGGUGACGCUGCUCUGGCACAGACUCCGUGGCUUCUUACACCAAGUGUUCCAUAUCUUAUGUGAGAAAGAAGUUAAGCCAUGCCCGCCUGAGAAGCAGAGCCAGCCCCCAAAGCAGAGCUCCCCUACAGUCCACCUUCGAUGCACCAUGGACCCUGUAAAAAUGACAGUGACCCCUCCACCCGUUCGCCGCCAUCGCCGACGAGGCUCUUCAAGGCGCCGUGCCCACCGCCCUCUGGCCUGUCACGACACUGACGAGGAGAAGCCCCCACAUCAUUGCCCAGCAUUCUGUUCCCACAACUGGGAUGUCCCCCCAAACUGGGAAGGCUACCGCUCUACUCAGGGGUUCUGGGUUCCCUGGGCACAGGAUGCGCUAGAGCCACCUUCCCAGACUAUCCGCUUCCAACAGACUAUAGGGGGAAGGCCCCUAAAAAGAGAGAUGAGAUCAGAACUGGGCCUUGAGGCAUAUGUGUACCCUGUGAACCCCCCACCCCCCAGCCCUCAGGCCCCAAACCAUAAGACCAAUGGGGCAGGGGCUGGGGCUGAGGCAGAGCAGGAGCAGUGCCCUCCAGCCCCACCACCCAUCCAGGGCCCAGCAUUUGUCCCAGAAGUCCCCCGGCGUGGCUCCUCAGCCCGCAUAGUGUAUGACGCACGAGACGUGAGGCGGCGGCUUCGGGAGCUGACCCGGGAGGUGGAGGCCCUGGCCCACUGUUACCCUAUGAUCACUGAACACAGCGCCAUGGCUGAGGAGACGGGCAAGGACUGGAUAUACCGUCACUUGCCAGAAAAGUGACUGGGAGAA